CUACUGUACACUGAUGGAGCCGCCAGUCUGCGUGAGUCCGGCACAGUCUCGUGAGAAAGCCACGCUGCGGGUUUGAAGCGACGCUGCUGCCGAAUUACACCGGCGGAUGGUGAUGAUGGUGAUGAUGUUGGCAAGCCCCGCUCGCUCUGCUCGUGCACACAACCUUCGCCUACUGUAAAAAGAGGACGCUGACCGCCGAACUGAAGGAAUGUGGCGUCACGCCGACACGGUCCAGUAAAGUGACGCGGGGAGGUCAAUUCAGAUGCUGAAGUUUUACGCGCCGCAUUUGCAGUUAAAGUCGCCGAGAUUCGAGGUCUCCGCUUGAAUGAAUGAAUGAAUGAAUGACGCCACCACUUAACAGGUACACCCAGCAGGUAGCCUGUGUUAGAGGGAAACAGAAGUAGUGUGGAACAUAAGAUCCUAAUAGCAAAAGAAAAAAAAAAAAAAAAAAAAGAUUGGAAGCGUUUUUCCACUGUGGAUGUGAGCGCAGCGCAUCAGUUUGAAGAGCCACAGAAGACCGCAGCCGCUAUGAACCGGGAGAUCCAGUUUAAAUGAAGAGAAACAUGUGAAAACCCUUGUGACGCUUUGGCCUGCAAGUAAGCCUUCAAGAAGAAAAAGGCCAAGGUCAUCUCCCUUCUUCCUCUCAUCCAUUCUCUCUGCUUGCUCAGCAGUUUCCUCGUUAAACAUGGAGGCCCAGCAGGCUACACGCAGAACUUUAUCACCUUACCCCAAGAUGGGAGCAAUAUCUGCUCUAUUAAGCUUCUUGAUUUUAGUAAUUCCUGCCAUGACAAAUGGGCAGACGUUCAUGAGUUUCCACCCUGAACGACGGGACUGGGUUUUUAACCACCUGACAGUUCACCAAACCACAGGUGCGCUGUAUAUUGGAGCGGUCAACCGUGUGUACAAGCUCUCAGGCAACCUGACCCUCCUUGUUUCCCACGAUACAGGCCCAGAGGAUGACAAUAAGGCCUGCUACCCGCCUCUGAUUGUCCAGCCCUGUUCUGAGCCCCUGGUUUCUACCAACAAUAUCAACAAGCUUCUUCUCAUUGAUUAUUCCCAAAAUCGGUUGCUUGCCUGUGGAAGCCUUUACCAGGGUGUCUGUAAACUCCUCAGAAUGGAUGACCUCUUUAUCUUAGCAGAGCCUUCCCACAAGAAAGAGCACUACCUCUCCAGUGUCAACCAAACAGGGACUAUGUAUGGGGUCAUUGUGCCUUCACAGGGCCAGGAUGGCACCUUGUUUAUUGGCACAGCAGUAGAUGGCAAGCAGGACUACUUCCCCACUAUCUCCAGUCGAAAGUUGCCACGUGACCCAGAAUCAUCCGCCAUGCUGGACUACGAACUACACACUGACUUUGUGUCCUCCCUCAUCAAGAUACCCUCAGACACGCUGGCCCUGGUUUCCCACUUUGACAUCUACUAUGUUUACGGCUUCGCCAGCGGCAGCUUUGUUUACUUCCUGACCGUUCAGCCAGAGACGCCAGAGAACAGCAUGUCAUCCAGUGGGUCCAGCAGCGAUCUCUUCUACACGUCUCGCAUCGUUCGCCUCUGCAAAGACGACCGCAAGUUUCACUCCUACGUCUCCUUGCCCAUUGGCUGUGUAAAGAACGGCGUUGAGUACCGGCUACUGCAGGCUGCCUACCUUGGCAAGCCUGGCAGCAUGCUUGCUUCCUCCCUCAACAUCACCGCCCAGGAUGAUGUGCUUUUCACCGUAUUCUCUAAGGGUCAGAAGCAGUUCCAUCGACCGCCAGAUGACUCAGCGCUCUGCGUCUUCACCAUUCGAGACAUCAAUUCAAGAAUUAAGGAGCGCCUGCAGUCCUGCUAUCAGGGAGAAGGAAACCUGGAGCUCAACUGGCUCCUUGGGAAGGAUGUACAUUGCACUAAAGCGCCGGUGCCCAUUGAUGACUCGUUCUGUGGUCUCGACAUCAACCAGCCACUUGGUGGCUCUCAGCUGGUGACCGGCCACACUCUCUACACCGAGACUCGAGACCGCAUGACUUCUGUGACUUCCUACGUCUACAACGGCUACUGCGUUGCUUUUGUGGGCACCAAGAGCGGACAUCUAAAGAAGAUUCGUGUAGACGGCCCUCCUCAUGGUGGUGUCCAGUAUGAGACCAUAUCGGUUAUGAAGGACGGCAGCCCCAUCCUCAGAGACAUGGCCUUCUCUCUUGAUCGCAACUUCCUCUACAUCAUGUCUGAGAGACAGGUUACCCAAGUUCCCAUCGAGUCAUGUGAGCAGUACGGGACCUGUGGAGAGUGUCUCAGCUCUGGGGAUCCCCACUGUGGAUGGUGUGUCCUGCAUAACAUAUGCUCUCAGAGGAAUCGAUGUGAGCGUGCAGAUGAACCGUAUCGUUUUGCCGCUUCCCUUAACCAGUGUGUGAAGGCCACCGUCAACCCAGACAGCAUCGCCGUGUCAGAGCCAAGCGUCCCUCUGCUUGUGAUGGUGAGCAACGUUCCAGACCUUUUUGCGGGAAUCUCCUGCUCUUUUGGCAACUUAACGGAGGUUGAGGGACUAGUAAGUGGCCACCAGAUACUCUGUGUGUCUCCUGCUGCCAAGGACGUCCCCCUCAUCCCCACCGACCAAGAUUGGUCAGGCGUUGAGCUGAGGCUGAAUUCUAAGGAGACUGGUCAGAUGCUAAUCAGCACAGAGAUCAAGUUUUACAACUGCAGUGUCCAUCAGCUGUGUCUGUCAUGUGUGAACAGUGCCUUCCGCUGCCACUGGUGCAAAUACCGCAACUUGUGUACCCAUGACCCCUCCAGCUGUUCCUUCCAGGAGGGACGAGUCAACACCUCUGAGUACUGUCCCCAGCUGGUGCCCUCUGAGGAGAUUCUGAUCCCAGCUGGGGAGGUGAAGCCCAUAACCCUGAAGGCCAAGAAUCUGCCACAGCCCCAGUCUGGCCAGCGAGGCUAUGAAUGUGUCCUCCACAUCCAGGGGGUCAGCCAUCGAGUCACAGCCCUCCGUUUCAACAGCUCCAGCGUACAGUGCCAGAACAGCUCGUAUCUCUAUGAAGGAAUGAGGAUCAGUGAGCUGCCUGUGGACUUCUCAGUGGUGUGGAACGGCAACUUCAUUAUUGAUAACCCGGAGAACAUUAAAGUGCACCUGUACAAGUGUGCCGCCCAGCGGGACAGCUGUGGCAUGUGUCUGAAAGCAGAAAGGAAGUUCCAGUGUGGAUGGUGCAGUGGAGAGGGAAGAUGUACGCUGCGGCACCACUGCCCUCCAAUCAGCCCUUACACCACUCGCUGGUUGAACCUGUCCACCAAGAACGUGAAGUGUACCAACCCACGCAUCACUGAGGUAACCCCAGUGGCUGGACCCCCAGAGGGAGGGACGCGGGUGACCAUCUAUGGUACAAAUCUUGGUCUGGCUUUCUCUGACAUGGUGGGCAAUGUCGAGGUGGCAGGGGUGAGGUGUACCCCUGUAGAGGACGGCUACAUUAUUGCUGAACAGAUUGUUUGUGAGAUGGAUGCAGCUCCUGCAGACAGUAGACCUGGUCCAGUCCAGCUGUGUGUUGGCGAGUGCAGACCAGAACUGAAAGCUCGCUCUUCACAGCUCUACUCCUUCGUGACGCCAACAGUCACAGGUUUGUCUCCGAGCAGAGGUCCCGAGUCUGGAGGCACGAAAGUAACUAUAAUGGGUGAAAACCUUGGUGCUGGCAGCAGCGUCAAUGUUCAGUUUGGAAACCAGACAUGCGAGUUCUUUGGGCGAACUAUGACAGAGAUAGCGUGCUACUCUGCCCCUUCUCUGUCUGGGAUCGGCCCAGUUCAGAUCAGUGUGAGCGUGGAUCACGCCCAAAUCAAGGAGAGUCUUACGUUCGAGUACAUAGAGGACCCAACUGUCCAGCGCAUUGAGCCAGACUGGAGCAUUGCAAGUGGUCACACCCCUCUGAUGGUGACUGGGACCAAUCUGGAUGUGGUUCAGGAGCCCAGGAUCCGGGUGAAGUACGCUGGUCGAGAGUCUGUCAAUGUGUGCAAAGUGUUGAACACCACCAGCAUGUGCUGCUUUGCUCCCUCUCUGAUGGCAGAGUACCAUCCAGGUUUGGACACAGUGAAACAUGCAGACGAGUUUGGCUUCAUCUUCAACAACGUCCAGGCGCUGCUGGUCUACAACAAUACCAACCUCCUCUACUACCCCAACCCGUACUUUGAACCCCUCAGCACCACAGGUGUCCUGGAGCAAAAACCCGGCUCACCAAUCAUUCUCAAGGGCAGAAACCUGAUUCCUCCAGCGUCAGGAGGGGUGAAGCUUAACUACACGGUACUGAUAGGAGAAACUCCAUGCUCUGUCACUGUGUCUGAGAGCCAGCUGCUAUGCGAGCCCCCCAACCUCACCGGGCAAUACAAAGUCGUGGUUCAAGUAGGUGGCCUCCACGUGUCUCCAGGAGCGGUUCACAUUAUGUCUGACAGCCUGCUGACCCUUCCAGCCAUUGUUAGCAUCGCAGCAGGUGGAGGUCUCCUCCUCAUCAUCGUCAUCCUUGUCCUCAUCGCCUACAAGAGAAAGUCGCGUGAAAAUGACCUCACCCUCAAGCGCUUGCAAAUGCAAAUGGACAACCUGGAGUCACGAGUUGCCCUGGAGUGCAAAGAAGCCUUUGCAGAGCUGCAAACAGACAUAAAUGAGCUUACCAGUGACCUCGACAGAGCUGGUAUCCCCUAUCUGGACUACAGAACAUAUGCCAUGAGAGUCCUCUUCCCCGGCAUAGAGGAUCACCCCGUCCUCAGAGAACUUGAGGUGCCGGGUCAUGGCCAGCAGAAUGUUGAAAAAGCCUUGAAGCUGUUUGGUCAGCUCAUCAACAACAAAGUUUUCCUGCUCACCUUCAUCCGAACGCUAGAAAUGCAGCGAUCUUUCUCCAUGAGGGACCGUGGAAACGUGGCUUCACUCAUCAUGACCGCCCUUCAGGGACGACUGGAGUACGCCACUGAUGUCCUCAAACAUCUGCUGUCAGACCUGAUUGACCGCAACCUGGAGAGUAAAAACCACCCCAAACUGCUGCUGCGCAGAACAGAGUCUGUUGCAGAGAAGAUGCUUACCAACUGGUUUGCCUUCCUCCUUCACAAAUUUCUCAAGGAGUGUGCCGGGGAGCCUCUAUUCAUGCUGUACUGCGCCAUCAAGCAGCAGAUGGAAAAGGGGCCCAUCGACGCCAUCACCGGAGAGGCCCGCUACUCCCUGAGUGAAGAUAAGCUCAUCCGCCAGCAGAUCGAGUACAAAACCCUAAUCCUAAACUGUGUGAACCCAGACAACGAAAACAGUCCAGAGAUUCCAGUCAAGGUACUAAACUGUGACACAAUCACCCAAGUGAAGGAGAAGAUACUAGACGCCGUUUACAAGAACAUGCCCUAUUCUCAGCGGCCGCGUGCUGUCGACAUGGACCUUGAGUGGCGUCAGGGACGAAUGGCCCGCGUGGUGUUGCAGGACGAAGACAUCACAACAAAGAUUGAAAAUGACUGGAAAAGACUCAACGCUCUCUUGCACUACCAGGUGUCCGACCGCUCCGUUGUGGCUUUGGUGCCCAAGCAGACCUCAUCAUACAACAUCCCUUCCUCAGCCAGCAUAUCACGUACAUCCAUAAGCAGAUAUGACUCUUCAUUCCGCUACACGGGGAGCCCGGACAGCCUCCGCUCACGCGCUCCCAUGAUCACCCCUGAUUUAGAAAGCGGCGUUAAGGUGUGGCACUUAGUGAAAAACCACGAACACGGAGACCAGAAGGAAGGAGAUCGGGGAAGCAAGAUGGUCUCUGAGAUUUAUCUCACACGACUGCUAGCCACUAAGGGCACGCUACAGAAAUUUGUUGAUGAUCUUUUUGAGACGUUGUUCAGUACGGUCCAUCGAGGGAGUACUCUUCCCCUGGCCAUCAAAUACAUGUUUGACUUCCUGGAUGAGCAGGCAGACAGACAUGGCAUUUAUGACACAGAUGUGCGUCAUACAUGGAAAAGCAACUGCCUUCCAUUACGUUUCUGGGUGAAUGUGAUCAAGAACCCGCAGUUUGUGUUUGACAUCCAUAAGAGCAGCAUCACAGACGCCUGUCUAUCUGUAGUUGCUCAGACCUUUAUGGAUUCUUGCUCCACAUCAGAGCACCGCCUUGGCAAAGACUCCCCAUCAAAUAAGCUGCUCUAUGCUAAAGAUAUCCCCAAUUAUAAGAGCUGGGUAGAGAGGUACUAUGCUGACAUCAACCGGCUGCCAGCCAUUAGCGACCAGGACAUGAAUGCCUAUUUGGCAGAACAGGCCAGACUCCACUCCACAGAGUUCAACAUGCUCAGUGCUCUCAAUGAGAUCUACUCUUAUGUUAGCAAGUACAGUGAGGAGAUCACUGCAGCACUGGAGCAGGACGAACAGGCGAGGAAGCAGAGGUUGUCCUACAAGGUGGAGCAACUCAUCUCUGCCAUGUCUCUGGAGAGCUGAGGGUGACCUCUCCUCAAAUAGAAAGUGGAGAAAAAAAAGACGAGACCACAGUCUCUACAGGACCUCCCGGAAAAGGUUGUUGCUUACCUCUCAUCGUGGGAACUACAUCCACGAACCAAGCCUGAGACCUCUGUAUCUACAGCCGGACAAACAUAAAACUACUUUAGUUUGUAAUUCUCCCACCUCUUUUCAUAAUGGUGCCAGCGAAGGCCCCCUCCCCCAGACUGAAACAGAGGCUCUGCUGCUGGAAAUGAUAACGGUAUAUGUAAGAAAUGUUUGCUAAGAAAGCAACAACAUGGCUUUGGUUUGUUAUUGUAGUUUGUUGAUUAGUUUCUUUUUCUCAGUUUGGCAGAAAGUUGUACAUUGUGUGGGUGUUGACAUGAGUGGGUGUGUAUGAGUGUGUGUCAUAUUGAAGACUGUGAGACCAAAUGGAGAAACAGAUUUAGUCUCUACUAAGUUGCAGCUCAUAUCCGAGUGUGAAACGGAGAGAAAAAAAAAAGUGAAAGGCAGAUCUCACCUCGGACAGCUGAGAUUUUAUUUUUCUACUCUGUACAUUUAAAUACUCUCAGUUGCAGUUAAAAAUAUCCGCCAGGCAUCCCAGACAACAUUGAUUUUUGUAUAAAGAUGUAAAGAGUGUCACACAUCUGGGCAGCUUGGUGAUAAAACUGGCCAUGGUCCAUGUCUUCUCUCAUUCCUUCACUUCUUGGACUAAUGCUUCACACAAAAUCCUGCUUUAUAUUUAAUCUAAAGUGUACAGGAAAUCAUCGUGUAGGAGUCGGUGGAACUCCACUUGUGAAGGUCACAGUUCAGCCAGCAUGCUUGCACCUAAACUGAGGAUGAUGGAGAUUAAAUGUACUGUGUAUUUAGGAGGUGACUACAGAUCAGCAUCACUCUGGUGUUCAUGGCUUUCUUCAGCAGUUUGGUCAUCUGUGUAUGUACCACUCAAAUGCCAAUCAGUGUAUGUGAAUGUACCUUUUUUUAUUUGUUUAUAUGUCUUUUUGAGUUGUGCCAAUAAUAUUGGUUCAGUUGAACUGAGCUACGUAGAUAUUUGCUGAUAUUUGUCCUCUUAUUUUGUCCAUUCUGGCCUCUAAUCCUUUCAGGUUACUUAGGGUGAACAGUUUUUUGCUAGAAGAGAGAGAGUGCAUCUGCAUUGUGCCUGUUACUGCUUUAAUCUGCAGCCUGUUAAGUACGUUAAGUACAUUAUGUGCAGCCACAGCAGCAGCUAUUCGAACUCCAGUGAAAGAAACUGGCUUCUGAUGGCUUAAACGCCCAUAAUAUUCCCCCUGUGUGCAUCUUUUAGGGAAGUUUAUUUGUAGUGCAUGCACUUAAAAAUGUUUAAGCGUCCAUUAUUGGUUUUAUGAAGUGCCAAUGAGUCAUGCCAACUUAAGAUGGCCAUUUGAGAUGUUACUGUAGUCAAAGGGAGAUCUUAUCGGAGCAUCAUUUAUGGAUUUAUAGUUUUAGUCUGGAUAAUAAGAAUUCUGUGUGGGGUCUAGUUUGACUAAGUGCCAAAAGAUACUUGUGUUUCCAACUGUUCAUUAAUGUGUCACAAUCGGUUUAUGCUUUAUGGAGGACAUAUUUUUUGUUGUACAGACGGAAGCAUAAUGAAACUGGAAUAGUGAGUUUUGAAAGGUAAAAAAGGUACGAAACCUAAACUGGAACAAGGGAACGGAGGAGGUUUCAUUCUGCAUGGAUGCAUCUCCUGACUUAAAGCCAAACUGUCAAUAGCUAAAAGGCUAAUGCUAGCUUCCAGACUUCAGCUGGAUGCCAACAAACUGUAGAUUCCAUCCUGUGGAUUGGUGAUUUCAUUUUCUUCCAACACAUAUGUUUGCUUAUUGUUUACAUCAAGUACUUGAAAAUAGGUCAUUUUAAAGGCGUGUGUGUUGAGAGCAUGGAAAGUUGGACGAAAGGUGCUUCUUUUCUCUGUGGCCUUAGAGACCCACCCACUUAGCAUCCCCCAUCUUAUUAGUUCUCAGCCAGGACCCAGUCCACUCAGUGCUGCAGAGUCCAUUGAGUUUUUCUCUGGUAUAUGGCACUGAGACACAGCUGAGAACUGUGGGAUAAAGCAAGAGGAAAUGGGAAGAGGGUAUGGCCUGGCUGAGGCAGACUUUGCCUCAUGCAACACUCCGCUCGCCCGAGCUGUUUGAAGAGAAGUGUUGAGAAAUGAGGAGCGAUGGAGGGGUAGAAAGAGAGAGAACCCCUUUAGCUUUGGUUUCCUGCUCCAGCUUUGAAGCUGCUCUUUGAUCUGAGUCAGUUGUGUGCACAGUGUGAUCAGGAGAAAACAUCAAACUAACAGGCGAGGAGAAAUGUCAGGUGAGGUGAGGAUUGAGAUGCAGUUAGUGUCUCCGGCCAGCGGGGGCAGAAGCGAGUUAGAGGAGUUGGAAUUUGUUCCCUCAUCUGAAAAGAGUAUCUGCUAACAGAAGAAGCUGUUUAUCCACACAAAAGAAUAAAAACUGGUGACCAUAUCUCAUAACUCUGACUUUGUAUCAAGUGGGUUUAUGAAUGUUUAUUUGCAAUAAACACAAGAGAUAAUGAUAUCCUCAGAAAGGGUAAAUCACACCAAACUUUUUUGGAAACAAACAUCUCGCCUCUGUGUUCAAAUCUGACCUUAAAACUAACUUGUAGUUGUCUUUAGAACAACAGAAUAGACCUGCAGCUUUAUUUAAUGCAGGAUUUUUGUCUCACAUUCUUCCCUCUGGGCAUCCUCUGCAAUACAACUGACCUUUUGCUGGUGGAGAGGGAAGAAGUACCUUCCCAAUUAAAGAAAAAAGAAUCUGACAAAGCUUCCCCUACUUAUUAGUUUAAAGCAAGUUCUUGCAAAAAUAUGACAGUUUUCUCCUGAAAUUCAUAAGAUCUCUUCUGAGAACCAUUGGGAUCCAUUUGAGAAAAAUGUCUCCAGUUUUUUUUUUUCUUUUACAUUUUGUGUGAUUGCAGUUUAAAUUCAAAAUCACUUUAUUUGUCCCUGAGGGGCAAUUUUUGGUCAUGCUGAGUAACGUGUUAGUGGAAACAAGAACAAAGGAUCACACAGUGAUGACAAGAUAAGUCAAAGUGGUGGUGCAGUGCACUUCUGUAUCUUUUUGCUCCUUGAUCUUCUAAUAGCCGUCUAAAGAUACAAUGAUGCACAUACACAGAACAUAAGCAAAGCAUAAAGCAUCUUCCUUUUGAUUAUGGCGUCUUCCCAGUUUCAGCGAAUAGAAUUGUAUCCUCCUCAUACCUCACAUUGCUUGUAUGGAGUAAUGCUUUUUGUCAUUAUAACAGGACCUUAAUGCCUUUUCCUCUUCCAAGGAAUGAACUAUGUGUUUAACAGAGUCCUUCCAACUGUUAGAUGAGCUCACCUGUAUGCAGGAGUGUGAUUAACAAAAUCAGACACACAGACUGGUUAAAAAUGGCUUUGAUUUUUUUAUUUUAUUUUCUCUCAGAGAUAAUAUCAGGAUGUUUCUCUUUGUCCAGAGGUCUUUGCAUGCAUUUUGAUUCAAGCUUUAGUUCUGCCUGUUAUUCUAUAUUGAUCUGCACCAUAAUUAAGUCUUCAGUAAUUCCUCCAUUUGUUAAUGUCUUAAAUCAUGGCUGAAUGCACCUUUUUAUGUGAAAGAGACUUGUUUUCUUUGCUGUUGUUUCUAAAUGAUCUCCUGCAUGUGUUUCCAUGCUGUACACCUAUUUCUCAAAACUUUUUUAAUUUAGUUUAACAGAGAGGAACGUUUCUUUCUGCAGUGCAGAAUCCCUUUUACCUGCCAGUUGUGUGAUAUUUGGAGAGAUGCUCACGAACACUACAUCAUUUCAGAUGAAGCAGGUUCCUCAUUAAACUUGCUUCAUGCACUUUUCUUUUUCCUUCCGGUGAAACGUGUUGCCAAGCAGACGUUUUGGUUUGGACUGGCUCGACAUGCCUCAUCCAAAUCAAAGCUUUUCCUGAUGUUUUCUGUUUGUCUCACUUUACGGCAUCAGACAGAGGAACUGAAAUCCCGAUCGGUGUAUUACACUCAAUAUAAAAUGAGUAUCCUUCCAUUUUAAACACAUUGUAAACAAACCCUUUGUAGACACUGGAGUACUGUAAAAUAGUAAUUACUGGCAAUGAUAAUGAAGAUGAUGACGACGAUGAUGAUAAUAAUAAUGGCUGUCUGUUUUUGUUUUAUAAAAGUGUUGUGAAAAUUGUAAGAAACUUAAAGUAUUUAAAAAGGUUGUUCUCUUGUUUUUAUUUGCUUUGAUUUUGUUAUUAUAAUAUAUUAUUGUGUACCUAUUGUAAAUAUGAAGCACACCUAUUUUGCAAGCCAAGGAUUCACUUUGUACUGUUGUUAUAUAUAAAUAAACUUUGCUGGUUAAAAAUUG